AUGCUGCAAAAAGUCAAGAGAGAAAAGACAACAAAGGUAAGAAAGCAUGUUAGUAGUGCCUGUUUGGAGUGCCGAAGAAGACACUUUAAAUGUGAUGGUAAGCAGCCAGUGUGUGAUCGAUGUCAAAAAUCAAACAAGCCAUGUCAAUAUGUUGCAAGUCAUCGAGGUGGUUCCAGGAAGAAGGGUGUCUCGACAAAAAAGAAGCCUGUUACUGUAAACGAUAUUAACCAAGGUCCAGAAAUGCCCAUGUUUGUCGCAGACAUAGAAGACUUUGGUAAAUCAAAAUCCACUGACGAAUCAACCAAUAAUCGGAACGAAAUAAAGAGUAAUGAUGAUAUGUUUGAGAAGUUGAUGACUUUGCCCUGUGCACACGAUCAAGGUCGAUGCCAGGAUCUGAAUUGUCCAGGGAAAAGUGGUGUUAGGUAUGUGAAAACUCGACCAGAAAAGCGUGGACAAUUGAAUGAAAGCGAGGUCCAAAUGAUGGAAACAUUAAGAAAAAGAAUAAAGUUAGAGAGUACAAUGAAUAAUAUUGAUUGUCUCUUUAAUGAUAACAACCCGCCAAUAGAUAUCAGGUCAUUCAAAGAGUUGGAGAUGACCACUGCCGUUCAUGAUUCGAGCAAUUAUGUCGAUUUAACAGUACUAGACAAAGACGAAACACUAAAAAAUUACUAUGAGACAUUUCACAAAGCGCAUCCUAUUUUGCCCACAAGGGAAGAAAUGUUGAUAUAUAUGUCGAACCAAUCUGUUGAGAAGGAACUAUUACCUAUUCUAAGUAUAGUGGGUGACGGUGAGACAUCGUCCGUUUAUGCUCGCGCUAUUGAUUUGAUCUCGGAUAGAUUGAUCCAGUGUGUCGAGGUCGUGAAAAGCUUUGGAUACAUUGAUAUUAUUUCGCUUCAGGUUUUGACACUUGUUUCCUUUGUUGCCCAUGUUUCGUCAUUACAUGCAUUGAGCAAAAAUUUGAGGCAUUUCUGUAUAUACUUACUUCAAGACCUCCAAAUCAAUUUUUUGGAUGCUCCUUCCAAGCACGGCUCCAACGACAUGACCCCAGAGUCAGAAACUAAUGCUCCGCUUAAGGUUUUCAACUCACCUAGGUUGUCACAUGUGCCAAGAGAUAGUAUUGUUCAAUGUGCUCGUAGACUAUUUUGGGAAUUACAUUUUGUUGAUAUCAUAACUGGGUCCGCUGAUGGGAAAACAGUGUCUUCGUUUGAUAAAAUUGAAAGUUUUGUUGAUUUCCCCACCGUGCCACUGCGGGAUGAGUUUGAUUAUAAAGGGCGUUCAGAGGCAGGAACAUUAGUCACAAACGCGGUGAAGAUGAAUAUAGAGAUUUCCAACAAAAGACCGUAUGACAUUCUUCUAACUCGAUUGCAAGCAUCUUUAUCAAGUUGGGAAAUGAGGUUAGAAGACCCGUCGUUAUUUGAAGCACCACCAUUGAUUGACAAGAGCGGGAAAGUGAAUGAAGGGGUUCAUCAAGCGAUCUUACUAUUUAACUACGCAAAGAUCUUUGUUCACAGGCCCUUUUCUUAUCUCUGGAAGAUCAAUUCACCACAACAUCCCAAAUGCAAUGGUGAUUCGGUAGACUCGACAGAUGUUCCACCUCAGCUUCAGGCGAAUUCACGAACGACUAUUGAAACUAGAAAAACUAUUGAAGGUGCAAACUCAAUUAUCCAAGUUCUCAUGGAUACUGGUGCGUCCAAAGUUUUUCAAAGAACACAUUUUUUUGCUUGUGCAUUGGCGUUAUCCUCGUUGGUUCACUUAAGCGCAUAUAUCUGGGUCGAGACGACGUUAGCAGUAGAUAAAACCCAAGCUUUUGGGUUGAAUGAAGAAGAUUUGGAUGUUUACACCGAAUACAUAAAACUAGCCUUGACAGCUAUUUACCCAAUUUCGAAGCAUUGGCAAUUAUCCGGUAAAUUAGCAAAGCAUAUUCGAGAUUCCUUGACCACAUUAAGGCCUAAAUUGUAUUCAAAAUUGAAGGAUUUUUUACCACAAUUAGAAAUUGGUAUGGAGAAAAUGAAAAUUCGUGAAGGCGAGUCUACUGGUGAAGAUUCAACUAGAAGCCUGGUACUACCCAUAAACGCAAUGAGUAGCUCGACCACAACGACUAAUAACGAAAGUAUGCAAAAUCCAGAUUACAAUAAUUCAACUUUGUUGAACCGUCAAAGUGCCCUUGAUAUAAAUGGUGGUACAAUUCCUGGUGACAACAUCAAUGGUCUGUAUGACUUUGAAAAUUUGUCGUGGGAGCCGGUAUCUCCAAUUUCGCCAUCAGGUUGUGAUUGGAUCGACAAGGGUUUGUUGGACUUUAAUUUUGAUUCUUUUCCUUCUACUCUAUAG